CUACUGUCAGACCAAAAAAUGAGGUAGAACAGAAGCAGCUAUGUGCUUUUGGGGAGUACGUGGCUGAGAUUCUGCCCAAGUAUAUCCAGCAAGUACAGGUGACGUGUUUCAAUGAGCUGGAACUUUUGAUCCAUCCAGAUGGGAUCAUUCCAGUUCUGACCUUCCUUCGAGAUCACACUAAUGCCCAGUUCAAAUCCUUGGCUGACUUGACUGCAGUUGAUGUUCCAUCUCGGCAAUACCGCUUUGAGAUUGUGUACAACCUCCUGUCUCUGCGGUUCAACAGCCGGAUCCGGGUGAAGACGUACACCGACGAGCUGACACCUGUUGACUCGGCAGUGUCUGUACACAAGGCAGCAAACUGGUAUGAGAGAGAGGUUUGGGACAUGUAUGGUGUUUUCUUUGCCAACCACCCCGAUCUGAGGCGAAUCCUCACAGACUAUGGGUUUGAGGGCCAUCCUUUCCGGAAGGACUUCCCGCUCUCUGGUUAUGUGGAGGUGCGGUAUGAUGAUGAAGUGAAACGGGUAGUGGCAGAACCUGUGGAGCUCUCUCAGGAAUUUCGCAAGUUUGAUCUGAAUAGUCCUUGGGAGGCAUUUCCUGCCUAUCGUGCAGCACCAGAACCCCUGAAAGUAGAAGCAGGAACCAAGAAAGAAGAUGCAAAAUAGAAGCAGAAUGGAGCGAAUGCACAGCACUAUCCUUUCUGUUCUAAUGUAGUAUUUAUAAUAAUGAAAAUUAUUAUGAGAU